UUGGAGCAGAAAUGUCAAACUCAGGGGCGGACUGACCAUUUGGAAACUCGGGCACUGCCCGAGGGCCCGGGGUCAGUAGGGGGCCCCAUGAGAUGCCUUGGUACCUUUUUCAUAGGCUUUUUUGAGUUUGGGCAAGGACACAGGGGCCCCAUGAUCCUCUAUUGCCCGGGGGCCCCAUGAGUUGUCAGUCCGCCCCUAGUCAAACUCGCAGCCUCAUCAGUACCUAUCAGUGCCGCCUCACCAGUGCAGCCUAUCAGUGCCCAUCAGUGCAGCCUCAACCGUG